CUCUACUCCGUCACCGGCAAGAACUACGUCGCCCCCUGGGUCCUCGCCAAGAAGAAGCGCUCCCUCCGCAAGGACGCAGAGUACCAGCGGCGGCUGGAGCUCAUCCAUGACCUCAGGUUCGAGACCGCCACCACCAGGAUCAAGGUCACCCCCGACGGCCACUAUGUCAUCGCCUCAGGUAUUUACCCCCCACAAAUGAAAGUCUUUGAGUUGAAGGAAUUGUCGAUGAAGUUUGAGAGGCACAUGAUCUCAGAAAUUAUUGAUUUCGAGGUCCUUGGUGAUGACUACUCAAAACUUGCGUUCUUGUGUGCUGAUCGUUCUGUAUGCUUGCAUGCGAAGUACGGAAGCCAUUAUAGCGUGAGAAUUCCAAGAAUGGGAAGGGACUUGGCCUAUGAUUGCUGGUCUUGCGACUUGCUAUGUGCUGCUUCGUCAUCAGAUCUGUAUAGAAUCAACUUAGAGCAGGGAAGGUUCCUCGCAUCCCUUUCUUCCCAAUCUCCAGCAAUAAAUGUGGUUACACGGAGUAUAUUACAUGGGCUUGUUGCUUGUGGUGGUGAGGACGGUGCGGUUGAAUGCUUUGAUAUGAGGAGGAAGUCUUCUGUUGGCAGAAUUAAUACAGCUUCUUCUUCAGAAGAUGUUGACCAGGAGGUCACGUCUUUGCAGUUCGAUGAAAAUCAAGGGUACCUUCUGGCAGUAGGGAGCAGCAUAGGAAAGGUAUCUAUAUAUGAUAUACGCAUGUCUUCGCCUCUGCGAGUCAAGGAUCACAUGUAUGGCAGUCCAAUUUUGAAUAUCAAGUGGCACCAGACACUUAAUUCUUCCGAACCUAAACUGAUAACUGCUGAUAAGCAUAUAGUGAGAGUUUGGGAUCCUAAUACAGGAAACAACAUGACUAGCAUCGAACCUGAUAAUGGAUCUAUCAAUGAUGUUUGCAUCUUCCCGAAUAGUGGUUUAAUGCUAUUAGCCCUGGACAACAGCCAGAUACCUGCCCACUUCAUUCCUGCACUUGGCCCUGCUCCAAAGUGGUGCUCACAUCUUGAUAACUUAACUGAGGAGAUGGAAGAGAAACAAGAAAACACAUUGUAUGAUGAUUACAAGUUUUUGACUGAAGAAGAGAUGGAACGAUUGGGUCUCUCUGAGUACAAAAACAGUGAUGCUGUCAGAGCACAUUUACAUGGAUACGUGAUACGCUACGAUCUAUAUAAGAAGCAACGGGCUAAACUUCAUAUUGCUGAUUAUGAGACUCUUCAAAAUGCUAUGAAGGCCAAGAAACUAGCAGACCUAACGAAAUCUCGUAUAACGCAAGUUGUUAAAAUACCAAAGGCUAACCGGCAACUUUUGGACGAUAUACGGACAGCGGAAGAGGAAAUAGAUGCUGAUGGGGAGAAUGCUAGUAAAUCAAGCAUCAGGAAGAAGCAAAUGAAACUAGAUAUGAAAAAGUCAUUGUUGACUGAUAAGCGUUUCCAAAAAAUGUUUGAAAAUAAGGAUUAUGAAAUUGAUGUAAAUUCAAAAGAAUUUCAAGCAAUCCAUCCUCAACUGGCUACAAAGGAACCUCAUCUAAUCGAGGAACAUUUCGAGAGUGUUAGUGAAGACGAAGAAGAACAAGAUGCUGGUUCAUCUGAUGCGUCAGCGGGGUCUGACAGUGACAAUGACACGCAUAAUUCAAAGCGUAUAAGGUUGUAUGAAGUGAAGGAUGGACGCCAUGCCGAGGCAUUUUUGAACAGCGUCUCCCUUGGCAACGAGGAAGCUGUGCCCAUUGGGGACAGGGUAGCCGCGCUGGAAAGGAAGCAGAACUCGCGUGCGCUCGACAAGGUGAAGUACGGGCCCGGUGGCUCGCGUGAGAUCUCCUUCAACCCUAGGAGCUCAAGAAGGCGCGCCGAAGAAGACGAGCACAGCGAAGAAGAGCAGAAAGACUACAAGAGGAGAAGCGUGCAGUCCCUGGGGCUGAAGCAGAACAAAGCCGAGUUCUAUUUAUUCGGCGGG